AUGCCUUGGCACCCAUGGCCGCUCGAGGGUCCGGCCGCGCAACCGCAACCGCAACUGCAACCACACUUCCCCGCGGCCCCCUCAUUGUCGCCCUUGUCGCCGUUCGACGGCGUCGUCCUGCUGGAUAACUCACCCGCCGCGUCGCCGCAUGUCACCCCGGAGCCUCGCCGCGCCCCGUCGCGCGAAGCGGCCGACGUCAUCCUGCUCGACACCCCGCCGCAGCAGCCGGCCCACCCCUUCCCUGAGACCAUUCUGAUCGAGGACAGCCCUCGGAAGCGCCGUCGCCGCGACUCGGGAGCUUCGUCGCCAAUGCCGCCGCUCUCCCCGCCGGAGAUCACCUCCCCCGUCAUUGUCGUCGACGACGACGACGCCCGAUCCAUCCCACAGCCGCGCCGCACCCCCACCUUCUACCAGGACUCCACCGCAUCGAUUGCCGGAUACCGCGCCCACCGCCGUCGCGUUGCCAGACGGACAGGCCCUAUGCCCCUGCCGCGCAGAAGCUUCAUCGCGCCGGACGAUGUCAUCGCAACGGCCGCCGCGGGCCCCCGCCUUCGCCCGCUUGCCUCACCCCACGACUCCUAUGCCGUUCCGACACCAUCCUCCCACCCGGCGGGCCCAGCAGCACUACCCCCCGUCUCCCCUCGUCGCUCAAUGCCGCGAAUCCCGAGCCACCGCCCCGGCCCUGCGCUUCGUCAAUAUGACUCUGCGACGAGAGCGCAAAUGCCCCCCGUCAAUUUGGCCAACCCGCGCCAGGCUGCGCCGACGUUGACCGCCCGCACUCGCCCCAGAAGAGCCUCACCAUCUCCCAACCAGUUCGACUUCUUUCCCGCAUUGGAUAUUUUCAGUAACUCCAAUUCCCAGCUCUCGGACCCUCCCAUGAUUGCGUCCAUGACUGCGUCCCUGGGGCCGCCAGAGACGGACUGGCAUGAUACCGCCUACGACCUUCCCACCACCCUGACUGGAGCUUCAUCCGAUCUUCAAUUCGAAAGGAGGUUGCCGGCCUUCUAUCAUGCCAUUCACACAUUUGAAGAAUCUCCACAGAGACCUAUCUCGGAUACCAGCCAGUCUGCGUCCUCCACUGUGCCGCUAUCGAAUUCGAAUGCGGCAGGCCCGAGCCCGGCCAGUGUUCGCGCUUCGCUUCGUUCGGCCGAUUAUCGCCAUCGUGCCGCUCGUCACAUCGCCGUUCGGGCCAUGCAGCAAUCUGCCCUUCGUCCUCAACGCAGUUAUGGAGGUCUUGCUGCUCGCGGGCUUUCUCACACCAACCGAUCGCUUGGGGCGGCUGGUCCCUCUGAACUCCAGUCGAGACUCCCGGGUGCAUCUUCAACCCGCAACUCUGUGGAGUCUGGCGUCCGCCAUGCAAUCAGGGAGGUUAGGAAUGCGAGCUACUUAUUGGAAACCACAGAUUCCGCCAGAAACCGCCGUCGGGGCACAAGAUCUCGGUCGGUCGAGACCCGUAGUACUUUGGGCUUCGACUUUUUGCGCGAGGGUCACGCGAGUGACUCAGCCGGCAGGCCUCGCCGCUCGAAUGAUCCCUUUAUAUCGCGUCGGGGUCGCGGUCGAAGGGGUUCGCAAUCUCCUUUCUUCGCUAGUCAUCACACUGUUCCCUUCGUGGCUACGGUCGAGUGGGCCCUCCAGGGAGAUCGUCUGGACUACGAGAAUUUGAUUCGGUUGGAUGAACAGCUCAUGAGAGACAAGAACCGCGCCGACACUUCGCAGAUUGACUCUCUGCCGAUGCAAAAGGCCACCACUGCCGACAAGGAGAUUAGGUGUUGCGUUUGCAUGUGCGAUGUCGAAGAGGGCGAGGAACUUCGCGUGCUGCCUUGCUCGCACAAGUACCACAAAAAAUGUAUCGACGAAUGGCUCACUUACAAUGGCUGUUGCCCAGUGGACAAAAAGCGAAUUGCCCCACCGAGGUCGCGUCGGCGAUGCCCUGCCCACAGCGGCUAA